UAGGUCCUCCGCGAUAAAAGACCGCCUAGAUAGCGCUCACCCUCAUUCUUCAGAAAAGCUCUGCUGAAAAUCUGAAAUGGCGACUCUGGUAGGAUCGCCAUGGCUGAGAAUUAGGGUUUUCCCCGACAUAUCUUCUUCCAUUUUUCGCUCUUCUCCUUCCUAUAACUUCAGAUUCGUCACUCGUCAUAGGAAUUUCUCUAUCUCAGCUUCCUCGAUUCCCAGCUCGAAGGUCGAAGGAGAAGUUCGGGUCCGCUUCGCUCCUUCGCCGACUGGAAAUCUCCAUGUAGGAGGUGCUAGGACGGCGCUAUUCAACUACUUGUUCGCCAGGUCCAAGGGUGGGAGGUUUGUUCUUCGAAUUGAAGACACUGACUUGGAGAGAUCUACUAAGAAAUCUGAGGAAGCAAUGCUACAAGAUCUGACUUGGCUCGGUCUUGAUUGGGAUGAAGGCCCUGGUGUUGGUGGAGAGUUUGGUCCUUAUCGGCAAUCUGAGCGGAAUGAUUUGUACAAGCAGUAUGCUGAGAAGCUUUUGAACUCUGGUGAUGUUUAUAGGUGUUUUUGUUCUAAUGAGGAACUAGAAAAAAUGAAGGAGAUAGCAAAGUUAAAGCAGCUUCCACCAGUAUAUACAGGAAAGUGGGCCACUGCCACGGAGAGAGAAGUACAGGAGGAGCUGGAGAAGGGGACACCUUAUACAUACCGAUUUCGGGUGCCAAAGGAAGGGACAUUGAAAAUUGAUGACCUAAUCCGUGGUGAAGUCAGUUGGAGCUUAGACACACUUGGAGACUUUGUGAUUUUGAGAAGCAAUGGCCAGCCUGUAUACAACUUCUGUGUCACGGUAGAUGAUGCUACCAUGAACAUAUCACAUGUUAUAAGGGCAGAGGAACAUUUACCGAAUACCCUGAGGCAGGCAUUGAUAUACAAAGCUCUAGGUUUUUCAAUGCCUUACUUUGCACAUGUCUCUCUAAUUCUUGCUCCUGACAGGAGUAAACUAUCGAAACGUCAUGGAGCAACUUCUGUGGGUCAGUUCAGGGAGAUGGGGUAUUUGCCUCAGGCCAUGGUGAACUACCUAGCACUUUUGGGUUGGGGUGAUGGUACAGAAAAUGAAUUUUUCACCAUUGAACAGCUUGUCGAAAAAUUCACAAUUCAUCGUGUUAACAAGAGUGGAGCUAUCUUUGAUUCAACAAAGCUAAGAUGGAUGAAUGGCCAGCAUUUAAGAGCUCUUCCAUCAGAUGACUUGAUCAAGAUCUUAGGUGAGCGCUGGAAGAGCACUGGCAUCCUCACAGAAUCUGCAGGGGUAUUUGUGGAAGAAGCAACCGAGUUGCUGAAGGAUGGGAUUGACUUGGUGACAGAUGCUGAUAAAGCGCUCUCAAACUUGCUCUCAUAUCCAUUACAUGCUACGUUAGCAAGUCCUGAAGGUAAAUCCAUCAUAGAGGACAAGCUUUCUGAAGUUGCGGCUAGCUUGCUUUCCGCCCAUGAGAGUGGAGAACUCCACAGCGCCCUCGACGAAGGCCAUGCUGGUUGGCAGAAGUGGGUGAAGAGCUUUGGCAAAUCAAUGAAGCGCAAGGGGAAAUCUCUCUUCAUGCCUCUCAGAGUGCUGCUGACAGGGAAGCUCCAUGGUCCCGACAUGGGCGCUAGUGUCCUUUUGCUCUAUAAAGCCGGGACCUGCGGGCUGAUCUCUCCAGAGGCAGAGUUUGUAACACUAGAUGAGAGGCUCAACAUUCUAAGGGAGUUAGACUGGGAAGCUUUCAACAGAGACCCUCAAUUAGAAUCUGCGGCCACUGUAUCUCAUUGAGAAUUCAUGGUUUUGAUUUGUGUUUAAAGUAUUUAAAAUAACCAAUUUCGGGUGGUAUGUCGGUUUAGUUGUUAAAUAUGGUUGCAGUCAUGAGUGUCUGAUCCCAUACAUGCUGUGUAUGCGUGUAGUAUCAAUGCGAUGAUACAACCUAAUGUACUGUUUUUAAGCUGUGAUAUUAAAUUCAUCAGCCUUUGGAAAUUCAA